AUGUGUCUACCGAUCCGCAGAAAGAAGCAAAGGUCCAUCGAUGUGCAGUACAGACCAGGACCGGCAAUGAGCCGCACUCCAAACUACGGCACCAGGCCAUCGAGCAAUUAUCCUACCAGUGGCUACGGUGGAGGGAACGCCGGAGCAGUGGGUUGGGGUGGUGGAGGUCACCAUGGAGGUCACCAUGGAGGAGGCCACCAUGGAGGCCAUUAUGGAGGAGGCGGCUACGAUGGUGGUGGUGGUGGCGGAGGUGGAGGGGGCGGUGAUGGCGGCGGCGGCGGCGGCGGCGGUGGUGAUGGAGGAGGAGGAGGUGGUGAUGGAGGAGGAGGUGGUGGAUGCUAA